AUGAAGCUGUCGUGCCUAGCCAUGGGUACGGGUCUGCUGAGCAUCCUUGAGAUCGCUUAUGCUCAGACCAGUGGCAUUUGGCUUGACUGGCCCUACAGCGUCGUCCAUCCGAACCAUACUUACGAACUCGGCUGGGAGAUCAAAAGGCGCUAUACCCUCGAGCUCCUCCUAGUCAAACAAUUCGAUGGUGGUUGGACGGCGGAGGAAAAGCUCUGGUCAGACGAAGAAGGAAAGCCACCUGGAGGUUCAUAUAACUGGACUGUUCCUACAGAGUAUGAGCCUGGAGCCAACUACGGCCUGUGGCUCCAUGGUGAAGACGUCCCUGAUGACCAACAAGGCUACGCCAACCUGACAGAAUGGUUCCAAAUCUCAAGCAAUGAGCCAAAGGAUGAUACACUCCUGCGACUAACCAAGCAAGACUAG